AUGGCUACCGGUUUGAUGAUGAUCAGCUCAAUUAUCUUCAUCAUUUUUGCUUCCUUGUGGACUUACCAUGAUGCUGCAAGUGACACACUCAAACCAGGGGACACUCUCAAUUCCUCAAGUUCCUUAGUAUCUGCAUCGGGAAAGUUCAGUUUGUAUUUCUAUGUAUAUAUUGAUGGUUCCAACAACAACAGCUAUCUAGCUAUCCUGAACAAAGAAGCUCCAAACAAUGUAUGGAUUGGCAACCGAGACACACCUAUUGUAUACCCUUCAUCUGCAGUUCUGACCUUGGACUGGAAUAAUACAUUGAAACUGACUCACCAAGGUGGAGACCCUAUUGUCAUUUCCUCUGCUCCACAAACUAGCAAUAUUAGUACUAGUGUUGUGGCUACCCUUUUGGAUUCUGGCAAUUUUAUACUGCAAGAAGUGAACUCUACGGAUGGAUCGACAAAGCAGUUAGGUAUUAAUCAUAAGAGUGGCCAUCUUUGGUCGAUGUCAUCAUGGGCUACUUACAACAACCCAAUGCCAGGGCCAUUCACUCUUGAUUGGGAUCCCAAUGGACACCAAUUGCAAAUCAGGCGACAGGGGGUGCUUUAUUGGACUAGUGGAGUCUUUACAAGCAGUAGUAAAACGUUUGAAUUUAUUUCGGCUGAGGAGUCCAAGCUGAGGUAUAAUUUUAGUGUAGUUUCAAAUGAGAAUGAAGACUACUUCACUUACACUGCUGUAGAUCAUGAUCAAAGUGAUCAGAAACCACAAUGGGUGCUAACCUUUAUGGGGAGCUUUCAUGACGGAUCCUUUAAUUUCGCACAAGCAGAGGACUGUGAUGGCUAUAACACAGUUGGAGGGUGUGUGAGAGGAUCGGCCAAGUGA